AUGAAGCUUGAGGACUUUGCAACUGCUAGAAGGUCGAUCUUUCCAGAUUUAGUGACUUAUUUCUAUUCAACUAUGUGUUUCAAAGAUUUCAAUUCUUUGUUUUACAAUAUUGGAGAUGUUCGGUAUCAAUUGCAUGUCAGAAAGCUUGCUAAAUUGAUGGAUGUUGAAGAGAUGGAUUUUGUACCCCUAGAGAUACAACUUGAGGCUGCCUAUAGUUUUAUCAUUGGUAGAGAGAACUACUCUAGAGAAUCCAAGGCACAUAUUGUUUACAAUAACUUCCUACUGAAGCACAUUGUAAUGCACAAGAAAAGAUUGCAGAGAGAUCAGCCAAAAGAAAAAAAGACUAUUGCGAGCAAAGGCAGAGUAUUUGAAUCCUUCAAAGAAGCGGAUGUUGAUGAAGAUGAGUUUGAAUUAGAGGAUUCAAAGGAUAAAAGCACUCCAUCAAUUUCAUCUGUAGAUGUACAUGAUGCUCAAAUAGAUGAUGAUGCUGACAAGGAUGCAGCAGAUGUCGUUGGAGAUACUACUGGAGCACAUGAGCAUGAGGAUCCUAAAGACAAAGAAGAGGACCUCCAUAAAACUCAUGAACAGAGCAAGGAUGCUGAUGAAGAAGAGAAUUCUGCUAAAAAGAUGUGGGCAGAGGAUGUUACAAAUGGAGACAAAUCUGCAAAAAGAAAGGAAGAUGAGUUCUUUCGAGAACAACAUGAGGAGUUAUGGGAUACUCAAAGGAACGAGAUUGAACAUGCCAUAAAUACUAAUGAGCCUAUCCACAGUCUCAAGUUUUCUAAGGAUGAGAUACAGGUUGAUAAGCCUGACAUGUUUCUCAUUGUGGGCAUGGAAGUUGCCGGAAGUUUGCAACCAACUGAAGAUAAUGCAACUGCUCAGGGAGAGCAAAACUUGCUGAAGGAAUCAACUGAUGUUGUCAGAGAAGAGGUCCUGAAAGAGAAAGAACCAGUUGUAGUAGAGCUCGAAAAAGCCCUACGAGAUUAUGUUCUUACAACUACCAAGGAUCACGAGAAUCAGCCUGAAGAAGGUGCCCAGGAGGGUGACAAAGAGCACAUGGAUAUUCCCUCUUCAUCAAAAUCACCUCCACCUCCACCUGUUUCAAAUUGA